AAAGAGAAAUAGUUGUUUUUACCUUCUUAUAUUUAAAUACUGACAAAUCUUGUGGCAUAAAGAGAGAUACAAUUAUAUAGAAAUGUUGCCACCCACAUAUGUCGAAGGUUUUCAUGAUUUGGAGGCUGUAAAAGCCAUGGAGUACAGGCCUCUUGGUAAUACUGGAUUAUUAGUCAGUAAACUCUCCCUCGGUUGUGGACCGUUUGGUUGCCAUUAUGGUACAUAUGAUGAAGAGGAAGCUAUUGAGGUGAUACGUCAAGGAAUAAAACAGGGUAUUAAUUACAUUGAUACCGCCCCAUGGUACGGCCAAGGUCGUUCUGAGACUCUAAUUGGAAAAGCCUUGAAAGGCAUUCCACGCAAAGCAUAUUACAUUGCAACCAAAAUCGGACGCUAUGAAUUAGAUUACGAAAACAUGUUUGACUUUUCCAAAGAGAAAACUAGACGAAGUUUCAAGAGGAGUUUGGAGCUUUUGGGUUUGGAUUAUGUCGAUGUUAUACAAAUUCAUGAUAUUGAAUUCGCUCCAAGUUUAGAUAUAAUAAUUACACAAACUCUACCGGAACUGUCGGCUAAGGUUGCAGAAGGCAAAGCCAAGUACAUUGGUAUUACCGGAUAUCCGGUGUCCAUUUUAAAAGAAUGUAUCGAACAAAGUAAUAUUCCUAUAUCUUGUAUUUUAAGCUACGCGAGAUUUACGUUAAUAGACGAUACGCUACUCGAAUAUAUUCCAUUCUUCAAGUCAAAAAAUAUUGGUAUAAUCAAUGCUGCAUCACCCUGUAUGGGACUUUUAACUAAUAAUGGCCCCCCUGCUUGGCACCCCAGCUCAGAACAAACAAAGAAAAUAUGUGCAGAUGCAGGGAAAUGUUGUAAGGAUCAUGAUGUAGAACUCGCUAAAUUAGCAAUGUGGUAUUCCCUACAAUGGGAAGACAUAUCCACAUAUCUUGUUGGAAGUCAAAAUCUGAAGCAACUGAAAAUGAAUCUUGAUGUUCUGAGAAAUGGCAUUACAGAAAAAGAACAAAGUUUAUUAAAAGACAUUCGCGAUAACUAUUUAUCAAAGAUAACAGAAAAACAUUGGGAAAAUAAAGAAGUUCAAAUAUAUUGGGAACAUAUGAAAAAAUGA